AUGAAUAAGUUUAAGGCAAUCAAUAUGGAUGACACUGCCUUUGGAUCAAUUGAUUCCAAAAACACCAUGUUCCUGACAUCUAGUCCUACUCAAUUCAAAACUAUAGGAUAGGUUAGUCUCUCAAGGAAGCUCUCUAAAUUGGAACCAUUGAUAGUCGAAAAAGAUUAACGAAACGAUUCGAGAAGUUAAGAGAAGCGAUUAUUAAAGGAUCUGGGCAUUAGUUAAGUUUUAGAUUGGAAUUCAUUUAUGGAAAAGGAUGCUGAAUAAAUCAAAGAAUUCAAUGAAACGACUUAGAAGUUUAGAAGAAGUUCAAUUUAAACGUAAAGUUCAUAAAUUUUCAUGUCUCCCCAAAAAACAGACAAAUUCUUUCCAUCAUAAUUUGAUGGUCGUAGAUCCUCGAUUAAUUUAAAGUCUUUUGACAAAGAUGACUUUCUCGAAAAAAUGAAAUUAGGCAAUAAACAGAUACCAAAUUUGACAACCACAGAAUUUAUGAAGUGCGUUAGAUAAAAAGAAAAAUUAACCGAAUAUGCUAAAGUUUAUUAAUAAUCUCCAGAAAACUUGUAUCUUAAGUUGAAUAACUCUUAGAAUUUUGUACCCAAAACCUUUGGAUUAGUGUCUCCUUAGGGCAGUCCCUUGACUCAAAUAAAUGCAUCUAGAUUCCUGAGAUGUAGUGAUGAUUGUAGAGUGUAUGCUGAGGCUAUGUCUACAACCUAAUCACAGGGAAUCUAAAAGAUGUAAUUGAAUAGCAACAUCUAUGAUCCAAGAUAGUUUAAAGAAUUGUUGAUAAGCUUUCCGAAUACAGUAAGGGAAUUAGAGUUGAAGGAUUGCAAAUUGAAUUUUAAGCAUGUCGAUACUUUGAUGGCCUAUAUUAACAAGAAUUAGAUAUUAAAAUUGAAUUUGGAAUAGAAUUUGCUCAGAGAUCAAGGCUGCAACACCUUGAUUAAACAUCUUAUGAAUAACAACACAUUGUAGUGUUUGAAUUUGUGCAAUAAUAAAAUUACAGAAUCCUCAAGUGCUGCCUUGAGUAAUUUCUUAAAGUAAUCUUAAAGACUCAUAGAACUAUACUUGGGAUUUAAUAAUCUCUAAAUUAAUGGGAGUAUCUAAAUUUGGAAAGCUAUGUAUAAGAAUACAAGUAUAAAGAUCUUGGAUAUGUCUCACAAUGCAAUAGCUUCUUUGGAGUGUGCAUAGGCUAUAGCCAAAGCUUUGUCUCGUCCUUAUAAUGAACUAGUUCAUAUCGAUCUAAGGUACAACAAAUUCAAUCAACAACAAAGCGAAGUUAUUGCUGAGGGCUUAAUUAAAAAUGAGACCAUCUUUGGCUUUCAUUUCGAAGGUAAUUAUCAGGAUAUCAUUAUGAAUCCAAAUGGAUUUUUAAUUAAUAGGAGAGAAGAACUUAAAUAAAAAUAAUAGAAGAUAGAUUUAUUAAAUAAACAACCUCAAUAUUUUAAAUUGUUGGAUGAAGAAAAAUUGGAGAACUCUAACAAUUAGAAAACAGAUGAUGAUUUGUUUCUCGCCUAUCACAGAAGCAGAAGAAUGAAAUCUACUGAACUAAACAAAUAAAAGGUAAAUAUGAUAAAUAAAUUGGAUGUUUGUUGGAUAUGUGAAGGAUGGUAAGAAAUUAAAUUCUUAUGGACUCCAAAGUCUGGAUCAUUACGAUCAGAACCAAUCUUCAUCCAUUUCGAUUUUGAUGACUAUAAACCCUAUUUAAUGACUUUUUUAAAUGGCUCGUUCUUUUUUGUAAAGAUGUGCCCUCCCAAUAGAUCAAUUAAAUACUUCUUUACAAAUCCUAUUCUAGGAAUCUAGUGUAUUGCAGAAGACUAAAAUGUAUUAUCCCUUCACCAACCACUCCCUUCUAUUCCUUUUCUAUACAACAAUGAGAUAUUAGUUGAUGGGAACACUAUGCAAAUCAUUAAUGAAGUAAUGUCUCCUAAUAAUCAAAACUUAUUCGAUAGAUAUGUGCCUUUGGUAUAGGUUAAACCAAGGGAAAAGAUGGCCUUGUUCGACUUUUCUCCAUAUUUGAACAUAGCUUCCACUAAAUGGUCAGUAGAAACAUCAAUAUUCAGGUACUUUCCGCCUGAUACUGACAAGUUAAUUGAGGAAUGCUUUGAAUUCGAUUACCAAAACUCAAAAAUAAAUAGGUUAGUGAAAGAAACAGAGUUAUAGGAUAUCAAAGAACUAUUAAAAUAAUUCUAUGUUUAACUCUUUAACUGCUACAAGUACUUUGCAUCAGGAAAUCCUACUGCUCCUAUACCUUGUUUAGGACCUACUGAUUAUGUUGAAUUUUUAAUAUCCACUGAAAUAAUGGAAGGAGUCAAACCAAAUGACAUUGACAUUGGUUUUACUUCAACUGCAGGAGCUAAAGAUGUCUCUUUCCCUUAAGCAUAUGAAAAAGGUAUUGUGAGGUGUCAGUUAAUGGAAGUGCUAGUUCGAUUUUGUAAUGAUAAAUAUAUCAGAAGUGGACUGUGUCAAACCAUGAUUGAGGGAUUAUAAUAAUUACAGUAAUAAUGCAAUGAAUUUUUAUCCAAAUUUGAUUCCCCCUAAGCUUGGAGGAAAAUGAGGUUGUGGAUUGAAAAAUGCGACAUUCUUAUUCAUGAGAGAAUGCCCAUGAUCAAAUGUCUUUAUAAAUAUACAUGUAAAUUAAGUAAGAAACCCUAGUAAUAUAAAUAUGACUAUGUUUCACCUUAAGAUUUCAAAGAUUUAAUGAAACAAUCAAAUGUUAUUUGUGAUGAAUUAACAGACAGAGAAUGUUAUCUUGCUUAUUUAUAAAGCAUGAUAACUUAAAAAGAUGAAUUAUUCUAGCCCAAACAUUAUCAAAUGACACUCUAUGAGUUCAUAGAGGCCUUAGCUAGAAUCGCUGAGAAAGUGUCAAUUAUAAGAGGUGAGAAAGUACUUGAAAUUGAAAAUAGAAGAGCUCAAGAUUUACAGGAUAAAAUAUCAGGAUUACUACUUCUAAUGUAUUUGACACUCAUAGAUGAAAUUAAAAAGGCUUUACCAAAUGAACCAGAUGUGAAGCAUCUUGAAAAGUGUAUGAACAAUGAUUUCAGAUCAAAAAAACAAAAACUUGAGGAUUCUUUCACCGAUGGAGAUGAACCUCCUUAUGAUGUUAAAGUUGAGUUACCUAUAUUAAUGUCUUAAGUUCCUAAUACAUAAGGCAAUGCAAAUGGGCCUGCCAAGAGAGUGACAAUACGUAAUAUCAAAUUACUUAAACCAUCGACUACCAAAUACUCUCUUACCAAUUUUGUACAAUUCUUCAUUAGCUUAAAUGAAAGAACCUGA